UGACUCAGGCGAUUGCGACCGGAAUUAUAAGGCGGUAGUUGUUUGUAAACACAAUCAUGAUCAGCUGAUAAAGUAUCGUAACGAGCAUAUCAUCACAUCUUGAUCACUUGACCUGAGAUAAACACCAGAUCGACCGUUAGCCAUUACAACAUCGUGUGGUGUGAAGGAGCAUGAGUGACGAGAUAAAGGCUAGGUUCCCAGGGGAAGUGGAUGAAGUUCAUCCUGCCCCCUUCAUCACAAUCCCUCCACAACCGACAGAGAAAAAACCCGGACAGCUGACUGAAGCCCAGGUUACACAGUUCUUCCAGGAGGGAUAUGUGGCUGUCAAUGACUUUUUCGACACGAAGACGGAACUGGACCCGUGUCGCGAUGCUAUUUCUGUCAUGGUGGACCAGCUAGCCGACAAACUUUAUGACGCCGGCAAAAUCGAAGAUAAAUAUGAAGAUUACGGCUUGUUCCAGAGACUGACUCAACUAGAAAAAGAACAUGCAGGAUCCAACAUUCUUUUGUUCAAGUCACAGAAAAUGCCAAAGGCCUUCUGUGAUGUGUGGAGUAACGAUAGAAUGCUAAACGUGAUGGAACAGUUGUUAGGGCCAGAUAUCGCUGGACAUCCAGUUUGGAACCUCAGGACAAAAACUCCUAAGAGUGACGCUGUCAGCAUUCCGUGGCAUCAAGACAGUGCCUAUUUCAGUAAUGAGUCGUACGACCACAUGAUAGUUACCGCCUGGGUGCCUUUCCUGGAUGCCAUACCUGGAAACGGAUGCAUGCAGGUUGUGAAGAACGGACACAGGAAGGGUAAGGUCGCAAACCACACGUGCUGCCGUGGUCCCACGUGGUAUGUCAUGCUGGAGGAGGAGGAAAUGGAAAAGUCUUUAGAUGUCGACAUGAAGAAAGACCUGGAGACAUGUCCUAUAGAUUAUGGAGGAUUCCUGCUGUUCCACAACCUUACACCCCACAGAAGCUUGGAGAAUAUGUCAAACGACAUCCGGUGGAGUUGUGACUUUCGGUGGCAGUCCCCCAGUGAACAUUGGGGAUUCUAUGGCCUGGGAGAAGGGGUCCCAAUGAGAUCCGCCAAAGACCCAAGUAUGAAGGCAGACUUUGAGAAGUUUUUCUCAUUUGACAGAAAAGAACAAUGGCAGAAACGAUACUACAGACAGGAGGACGCCAACGAUCCUUUCGAUACCACCAUCACUGGACCCUGGAUAGGACGCUGGGAAAUUGUCAACCACAACAAACACACAGAGGCAUUCAAACCCUUCAUGUAAACCCGCCUAAAACAAUAUCCUCUAAUCAGAAGCUAUACUCGGAAGGCAGGAUAUUAUUAUCUUUAUCUUAUGUUCUAUUAGUCGGAAAAUAUAAGCUAGGUUUUGUGUUACUAAAAUACAGAAUUUAAAAUACUUCGCUUUCAGUCCGGAAAGUGACAUUUGUGUACUAGCGAGUAACCUUUUUAGAUACCAAAGCAUGUUGUUUUCAGUAAGUGCUAUCCAUUUAAUGCUAAUAUUCAUUACUCAUAUCAUUUCAGUUAUCUAAUCACAGACCUAUGAUAUAGUUUCUUAUAUUGAAAGUAAGAAAGUGAGUAGGAAACAUAAUUUGCAUUCAGAUAUGGAUUGAACGGUAUAGUUUCAAUUGUCAAACCGGAUAAAAGACAAGUCAGUAUUCAAAAUGUUAAGGUGUUUUCAGGUGCAAAUUGUUGGGUGGUUUUUUUUCAGUUCGUUGAUUCUAUAGAGAAGCUACUUUUAGAAUGUAAAUUACACUCAGAUGUUAAAAUCUUCAACUAUCAGAUAACUUAUAAAUGUAGUUCGUUCUACGUUAUGAUGUGAUGAUCAUUUGCCAGUUCAGCAUAGAGCAUUGAUUAAUAAGUGCGUAAGUAGAAUUGUAUUUUUUUUCACCACUUAAACGUUUAUAGACUCUGCUACUUGAUGAGUCUAUCAUGUAACUAUUACGUACCUGAUCAAUGUAAGUAUGUCUGGGCUACCAGUUAACAUAUAAAUGUAAUUUGUUAUGCGCUAUGUUGUUAUGAUUGUUUGCCGUAUCAGCAUUAGAACAUUGUUAAUAUGUUCGUUACCAAAACUGUUUAUUUGUUUUUCAUCACUUAACAGUUUUGUAUGCAGAGAAUCUGCUUUUUGAUGAAUCUGUUAUUUAAUUAUGACAUAUCUGAUAUAACACAAGGCCCGGUCCCACUUGCAAUAACUCUUCUUCAGCGAUUGAUGUUAACAUUGUUAUAUUCAUGUGAUUCAAAGCAUGUCAUAAAUAUCUAGUGAAUAAAACGGAAUCCAAAUUUCUUAUUUUAUUUCAAAUGAAUUAAAAUGUUUAUAUCAGACGGUUAUAGCAAUUUAAGAUAUUUCAAAAUGCUUACAAUAGCAUCUGUCCGAAGGAUGGCAUUGAACUAAUAUUGAUUUAUUAAUUCUUACCUUUUCUCAGUUAGAUUGACCUAAACAAAAGCGUUUGCUUGUUAAGAUCCGAGCUAGUGUGUUCAGUUUCAUUAAUAUUCAAAGUACCAUGCCAUUUGUCUUAAGUAACUCCAUUUGUCACUUUUUCUUUUUGAAUUAUUAUGAUUUAUCCUAGAUAAAAAUAAAAUUUACAAAACG